UAUCGCAAGCAGAUCAGCUGUUCGGUAUUCGCCUUAUGCUCAUGUAAUCGAAGAGGCACAUUAUUUUGCUUAUUAAAAAGUUAAAAUUAAGACUUAAAAAUGCUACGUCGCCUCACGCUAAUCAGUGCUAAGCAACUGACCCGCUCACAGUCGACUUCGACACAAGGCGCCAAGGAAAAAUGGGAUCUAUAUGCUGGUAUUCUGGUCGAAAGGUUACCCGUGGUAUCAAAGACAUUAAAUCCUUUGGAGCGUCAAUUUCAAGAUCUUCUGUCUCAAGUGGAGUACGAGAACAGUCUUAAAUCUGAUUUUGAGCUAAAGCAUGAGCGUGAUUUGCUGCAGAAGGAGCUAAUUAAGCAGGGUAAAGUGCAAGUGGAUCUUGACGACUCGGUGGCCAAGCAAACAGCCCAAGAUCUGAAAGAUGCGUACAAGGAGGAGCUGAAGAAGUUUCAAGUCGCCCCGCGUACUACACCCGAUGAUGCUGCCAAUAAGCUUACUUCCACAGAUCGUUGCCUAGAGGACACGCUUUAUUUGGUUGUCAAGCAAAAGCUUGGGGAGCAGGAGCAUUUCGUGCUACCGCAGGGACUGCGCAAGGAUGGCGAAUCCAUGCGACAGACGGCGGAACGUGUGCUGAGCGAACGCUGUGGCAAAGAUCUGCAAGUACUCUUCUAUGGCAAUGCGCCGGUUGGCUUCCACAAAUAUAAAUAUCCCAGCAAGCAGAGGUCGGAAAGCGUUGGAGCCAAAAUAUUCUUCUAUCGCGCAUCGCUGCGUGCCGGAAAUGUGAAUGUGGAGCAGCAAGCGGUCCCAUACGAAUGGCUGCCCAAGGAGACGCUAAACAAAAAAAUAAAUAAUGCUAAAUAUGCAGAAAGCAUAAACAAAUUCUUGAUAUAAUUUAUAUUAAUACAUGUAUGAACGAAGGUGGUCUGAAAAAUAAACUAUAAUGAUAGACAAAAUAAAA